AAGUCUCGCCGGUGGAAUGAUUAAAGCUGGGUCCGGGCUGCCCUGCCGCUGUCGGCCGCUCCUCCACCCCCGUCCCGCCGGUAGGAAACAAAAGCGCCAUUUCCCAACCGAGCCAGACCGGAAGCAGCGUCCCCCCAAAGCCCACUCGCUGCUGCUGCUGCUCAGCUCAGCUGAGCCCAGCCGUCCCCCACCACCACCACGGCCACCAUCACAGGCAUAUCAUAGCCUCCACACAAAAACACAAAAGCCAGCCACACCGGCAGCAGCAGGCACCCAGCAACGACUGGAUAGUAGAUGCGAGUGAGAGCAAAUGCUACAACUACUAUACUAGCUGAAGGAAGACAGUGUUUGUGAUAGACUGGAGUGCUGCGCUUUGUGGAGUCGCUCUCACAGACUCGGCCGUCCAGUUUCCCGCAGGCAUGUGCUGAUGGAAUUUAGGGGCCAGGAACCCGUAGACGAGAUGGGCAUCAGCUCCACGCCGCCGCUCGCGCACGCCGCCGUGCCCAGGGCGCCGGCUGCCUCGUCGAUCCCGGGGAACCACGCGGCGGCGGCGGUUCCCGAGGUGAGGUACCACGAGUGCCUGCGCAACCACGCGGCGGCGCUGGGCGGGCACGUCGUGGACGGAUGCGGGGAGUUCAUGCCCGGCGCCGGCGCUGGGGACGACGCGCUCAAGUGCGCGGCCUGCGGCUGCCACCGCAGCUUCCACCGCAAGGACGACGGGCAGCGCCGCCAGCUCCUGCUCCCGGCCCCCGGGCCUCCGCCGCCGCCGACCCCGCGCGUCCCGCUGCUACUGCCGCCGCCCCACCCCUACGCCGCCGCUGGCAACCACCCCCACUACGCGCCGCCUAUCCAGUACCACGGCACGCCCAGCGGCGGCGGCGGCACGACGACCGAGUCGUCCAGCGAGGAGCGGGGGCCGCCGUCCGCGCACGCCUCGGCAGCGCAGGGGCACUUGCGGCGGAAGCGGUUCCGGACCAAAUUCACGCCGGAGCAGAAGGAGCAGAUGCUGGCGUUCGCGGAGCGGGUGGGGUGGCGGAUGCAGAAGCAGGACGAGGCGCUGGUGGAGCAGUUCUGCGCGCAGGUCGGCGUGCGGCGGCAGGUGUUCAAGGUGUGGAUGCACAACAACAAGCACAGCGGCAGCGGCAGCAGGAGGCAGCCGCAGCUGCCGCCAGAGGAACAACAAUCCCAACAGCAGCAGCAGCAGCAGCAGCAGUAGCCAUGGUGGGGGACAAGGCUCAACACCACGAGCAUUUGCUUAAUCCCCACCUCAUUAUUUUUAUGCCUCCGAGAGAGGUGGGAUCAAACAAGGGAAGUGACGGCUCUCUCCAAUCUUUAUCAUUUCUUCUUCUCUCCUUCCGAUUUUGUUUUUACCUUAUCCUUCAUUUUUUGUAACCACUUCAUCUUCUUUGCCUCGUGAUUCUUGCUUGCUUAUCUUUGAAUUCUUCUGUUCCUAGUUGAGGAAUAAAUUGAAAUGAGGAAUUACUGUGCAUGCUUUGUAGCUACAUUUUAUCUUUGUUAUAUGACGUCUCGGGCAAGAAGAUUAAUCACUCCGAA